UUUAUUAUUUUUUUUAACGCAGCAAAUUUAUAGAGGUGUGAGUUGAGCAAUUAGGGUUUCUUUCAUACAAUACAGCGGCGCCUCUUUGAGAAUCGAUUCCGAAUAUACAUACGGGCUCUGAGAAAUACACAGUGAGAGGCGAAAAUGGGUCACGCGAACAUCUGGAACUCGCACCCCAAGACCUACGGUCCCGGCUCACGCACUUGCCGCGUGUGUGGAAACCCCCAUGGGUUGAUUCGCAAGUAUGGUCUGAUGUGCUGCAGGCAGUGCUUCCGCAGCAACUCCAAGGAAAUUGGCUUCAUCAAGUAUCGUUAAUGAAGCAUGGAUGCAGAGGGCUUGAAGUGAAGUGCUUGUGAAGAUGCGGGAUGGCCUGGAAAAGUUGAUUUUGCAGAUUAUGUUUUAUGUUUCGUUUUAAAGUUUAAAUUUCUCUUUGGAUAUACAAUUGGUUACGUUAUUGCUUUGAACAGUACUUGGAAUGAUGCAAAAUUAUUUAACUAGUUUAUUAGCACUUCUAUUCCGCUGA